AUGUCCGAAGAUUCGCAUCCACAGCACCACCAGGGCUUCUUCGAUCGGAUCCUCCACCCGGGACACCAUCACCAAGAACAGGAACAACACCAGGGCCACCAGGAGUCUCAGGGCGAUGAGGCCCCCAAAAAGGAGAGCGAAUUCGACAAAAUCAAGGAGGACAUCAAGGAAGAUCAGGAAGAGGUAGCCGAGGGCGACACCUACGCAGGCUUGAUGUGA